AUGCAAAGGGACCCGGAGUACACCGACGACGACUCCGUGGAGACAGAAGACCAGCCAGGUCGCAGUCAGACGUCCCGCCCCGCGGCCAAAAAGUACAUUCUCAACUCCAACUUCAACGAGCCCUCGCCCGAACACAACCAACCACCCCCCACCGACUGGAUGCCCGAGGUCCUGCAGCACGAGCACUGGCCGGACACACAGGACGCCUCCCAGGACCCGUAUUUGUCGCUGGGCGAGACAAACACGCUUGUGCGUCGCGAGGGCGGCGACGAGGCCGCGUGGAGGAAGUACAAGGACAGCCGGUUCAGGGCCGGUCUGCAGGGCUUGCCGGCGCCGUCGCAGCCGCAGGAUCCGCCCACGGUAGACACUUUUGGCCGCAGCACAGAGCACUCGAUCAUCCCGUCGUCGCCGCUCAAGCUGUUCGGCAAGCAGGACACGUACACGACGGAGCGGUUUAGGGACAUGCUGAACAAGAUCGACGGGUCGGACGGCGCGCGGGCGGACGCCGACGGGUCGCCUGCGUCGGCGCGGUCGUCGUCGCACGCGUCGUUGCAACUCUUACUGCGAAACUCUGAGGAGCUGUUUAACAAGCUGAAACAGCGCACGCAGCCGGCGCAGAACCAGGAGGAGAGCGACUACACGGACACGGACGCGGCCGAGUCGGCGGUGUUCGACUCGCCGACGCCGUCGCGGCCCGACAUCACCGCGUCGCUCGAGCUGCUCAAGCAGAAGCUCGACCUGAGCGUGUCGGGCGAGGUCGACAAGACGAUGUCGGUUCCCAAGAUCAAAAAACGCGACGAGCGGCCGGGAAUCAAGUUUAUUCCGGGCGACGAGUUCAAGGGGAAGGUGUUUGACAAGCGGCUCAACAGAUUCGUCCCUGUCGAGGAGUACGUCCCGGACGGCGACGGCGACGGCGAGUCGAUCGACGCGUUCAACGAGAUCUCCGACCUCGACGAUGAGAUGUCGUUUCUGCAGGCCAAGUCGCGGCUCGUCGCCGCCAUCACCGAGCAGUUCCCGUCCGAGGACUGGCUGCGUCUCGACAAGCUGUCUCUGGCCGCGCGCAGGCUCGACAAGCUGCGCGACCUCGACCGGUUCGUGCCGCACCUGCGCGUGCUCGACGCGAGCGAAAACGAGCUCACGCACACCGAGGGCAUCCCCAAAUCCAUCCAGGUGCUCAGAGCCAGCGCCAACGCGUUUUCCAGCAUGAGCAUGUUCAAUUUCGACAAUUUACAGGUUCUUGAGCUGCGCAACAACCGACUCACAAACCUGCGUGGCCUCAAACUGUACAAUCUGAGCGUGCUGGACGUGUCGUACAAUGCCAUUGAGACCUUGCAGGGCCUCCAGAACCUCAAGAUGCUCAAGAGUCUGAAGCUGGCAGGCAACAACCUUUCCGGGAGUGUUGAUUUCGCCGCCCUCGACAUGUUGCAGGACCUCGACGUGGACGAGAACGGCAUUUCGGAGAUUGGCGGCCUCGACGCGCUGUCUGCGCUCACGUCGGUGUCUGCGAACCGCAACAAGCUCGCCGGUUUCCGCUGCGCCAACGGCUCGUUGCGCCGGCUGUGUCUGAGCUACAACAACAUCAGGGAGCUCGACUUGGAGCCACUGACGGAGCUGCGUGUGCUGAAAAUAGACCGCAACCCGCUGGCUCGUCUUUCCGGCCUGCCAGACAAGCUGGUGCAGGUUUCUGCGAAAUAUCUACAGUCGCACGCCAGCAACGACGUGCUUGUCGCGCCCCUCUACAAACUACAGAAACUGAACCUGUGCGGCAGUGUUUUCCCAACAAAAGGCUCUCUUUCCAACAUCACGGUGCUCAAUCUGUCUGCAAUGAACCUGGAGAUGGUGCCCGACCUGGCCAAAUGGUUCCCGAUGCUGACGGACCUCGAUCUCAACUUCAACAAAAUCCAUUCGCUCUCGGGGCUUUCCGGCCUGCGGUUCCUGCGCGAGCUCAAGCUGCUGAGCAACAGCGUCCGCGACCUGGCGUCGCUCGUGCCGCACACGCGCGCAUUCCGCAAGACGCUCAAGCUGCUGGAUCUGCGUGUGAACCCGGCCACGCACGGGCUGUAUCCGUACGUUUUCUACGAUGACGAGCCGGACGACGAGUCUGCGGCCGAGAUGACGCUUAAUUUGAAAGACCACGAAGACAUUGAGGCGUUCUCCGUGGAGUACACGAAACUCUACGAGAAGGACGCGAUGGAGAGCUGGACAAAGAAGAACGCGGGCUAUGUGCGGGAUAUCGAGGAGUCGCGCGCGCUGGCGAGACGAACGUACGAGAGCACGCUGAUUGGCUGGUUUGAGAACAUCAACUAUCUGGACGGGCUGUGGGUGAGCUACGAGAGGCGCCAGAAGGAGCGCAGGCAUUUGAUGUAUGAUUGA